CUGGAGGCUGCCAGCUCCAGGCCCUUAAAGUGACAGGAGCACCCUGUGCUCCGCCACAGCAGUCUUUCGCACUAUUUUAACUAAAUUGAUUAUUAACACUUAGUUGAAUUUUAGUGAUUUUUUUUUUUUUUUCCUUUUAUGUAGGCCAGCUGGUUUUGCCUCAUAAUAGCUGCUGUUUCAGGCUCAAACUCGCAUCAUUGAGUUGGCUACAAUUAAUUUUAAUUUUUUAGGGUUUUUUCCAACUAAUGCACAGAGCUUACCUGUCGCCCUUUGUUCACGUGGUAGACUCAAAUGAUAGAUUGAUUACUUAUUAACUCAGUAAAUUUUUCCUUUUUUAAAAAAAUUGAAAACUGCAGGUCUGUAGGAUGAUGAGGUAGUUGCCAUUUAAAUUGAAGGAAGGGUUUAGUAACCUGUGAACUACUGAAAGGUCAUUUAUUUAUUUAUUUAUUUUUAAUCCUGCAUCCCAUCAAGGAUGGCAGUUGGACAAAUACGGUGCCUGUUCCUGUUCUUGUUGGAACCCAUGAUGCCAGUAUUCAUACCCAGGAUGUAAAUAUGGUCAGGAGUGGUGGGGGUGCAAAUUAUGCAGAACAGAGAGUCAGUAAUCUUCAAAUUCAGUUAAUGCUGUUUUUUCAUAGCAUUAACUUUAGGAAGCUUGAAGGGAGUAGUUUGCUUCUAGUUCAAAGGUCAGCUUGUUACAAAUAUUUUUAAACUGAAAAUCAGUGAGAAUUUUAAAAAUAACCAGUAGCUCAAGAAUAGUUUGGAAAAAAAAAUAUUUUCAUGAUUACUUGCAUCCAGCAUAUAGCAAACUUUGGACCAGAACAACUUUUCAGGUCAAAAGUGGAGAUAAGUCUAAAUUCCAAGAAUGACGACCAACUCAUUGGCAAAUGUCAGCAAAAAUAUAUUUAUGGCAGCUAAAUGAAGACUAAGCAAAACAUGAACUCUCUCUUGUGGUUCAUCUGCUAUCUAAUGCUGUUUGUUUCUCCAUACUCAACUGAGGGAUGCAAGACCUGUCGUCAUUUUGUACUCAAAGGAGAGCCUGUUGCUAUCAGCUGUCCAACAUUUUACACUGACUACAAUCUGACUUGGUAUAGAAAUGGUAGUGAUAUACCAGUAAGCACAGAGAGGCAUUCCAGGGUUCAUCAGCGAGAAAACUUUCUUUGGUUUAUCCCUGCAAAUUUAGAAGAUUCAGGUUUUUAUGCAUGUAAUAUAAGGAAAGCUAACAGCUCUGACAAAAAAUAUGUACAACUAAGCGUUUUCAAGAAUGAUAAUGAUUUAUGCUUUAAUGAAACUACAAGGUUUGAUCAGAAAGUGUUUACCUUAACCGCUGGAAAGAUUACAUGUCCUCUUCUGGAGUAUUUUAAAGAUGAAAAUAACACUGCUUCUGAAAUACAAUGGUAUAAGGAAUGUAUGCCUGGAUUACUUGAAGAUACACGAUUUCAGCCUUUAAAGGGUGAACCCUAUCUUACUAUUAAAAACGUAACUCUACAAGAUAAAGGAAACUACACGUGCCUUACAACAUACAUGCAUAUGGGAAAAUUUUAUAAUGUUUCACGGACCAUUAAUCUGGAUGUUGAAGAAACUCCAGUGAAGAAAAAACCAGAGUUUAUUUAUCCAAACAACAACACUAUUAAAGUAGACUUUGGAUCUCACGUGGUCAUAGAUUGUAAUGUAUCAAGUGGCAUAGAUGGCUUGACUCCUUACUGGCAAGUCAAUAACAGUGAUGUUGAUAGUUUUGAUAACACAUACAAGGAAGAGUUCUAUGAGAAACAGUCUUCCCAUGGACUACUUAUAGCUGGAGCAAAAUUCAACAUCUCAAAAGUGACCAAUAAAGAUUACUUGUAUAAAUUUUUCUGUCAUGUUUUUUAUCCCCAUGGACAUACUACAGUAUACAUCAAACUAGAACACCCAGUUCCAAAUAUUCAUGGAUACCUGAUUGGAGGAGGAAUUUCAUUGGUAUUUGUAAUAGUUUUAGCUGUGCUUAUUUACAAGCUUUUCAAAAUUGACAUUGUGCUCUGGUACCGGAAAUCCUGUCAUAUUUUCCUGUUUAAAAAAGUUUCAGAUGGGAAGCUCUAUGAUGCAUAUGUUCUUUAUCCAAAAAAUCAAGUAAGCUGCAUCUACUCGCCAGAUAUUUUUGCACUGAAGAUGCUGCCAGAAGUUUUAGAGAGGCAGUGUGGCUAUAAUCUCUUCAUAUUGGGAAGGGAUGAUUUACCAGGGGAAGCUGUGAUCAACGUUGUUGAUGAAACAAUCCACCAAAGUAGAAGAAUUAUAAUUGUUUUAAUACCAGAAUCAUCUUGUUACAAUGUGUUAGAAGAUACUUCGGAACAGCAGCUGGCUGUGUAUAAUGCUCUUAUCCGUGAUGGAAUUAAAGUGAUUCUGAUUGAACUCAAUAAAAUAAAGGACUACGCAAGCAUGCCGGAAUCCAUCAGAUACGUUAAGGAAAAACAUGGGGCCAUCCGAUGGAAAGGAGACUUUUCUGAGAGAUCUCAUUCAGCAAAUACAAAAUUCUGGAAAAAUGUACGAUACCAAAUGCCAUCCAGAGCAAAUAUAGCUUUCUCAGAACAACAUUUGUUACCAAGAACUUUUAGUUCUCCCCAAACACCAGUAUUGGAAAGAUGACACAUGUUCAAUUUCAAUGGCUCCUAGCAGUCUUAUUUUAAUGUUUUUAAAUGAAGGAUAUUUGUGUGUAUGUGUUUAUAUACAGGCCAUCUCAUUUGGAGGCUUUGAGGACUGAAGAUGUCUCAUUAUCUUCCUCUAAAGAUACAAAAUGGUGAUUGACUUGGUUAUCCUUUCUUCUGACCAGAUCGGCAGAACGUGUUGAACCAUUAUAUCAAUAGUGCAGUGAUGACACUAAUAAGCACAGCAGGACUUCUUGAGGAGAACAUUUUUGUAAAGGAAGAAAAUAUUGUUUGCAUUUUUAGAACAUCCACUCUGGAAAAUUUUAAAAAGGAUAUACAUGAAGGAAAUUGUUUUAUAUCCAAACUUUUUAAUACCUGAAGCCAGUUGUUGUUUUGGUUGAAAUAAAAUGUUACAGUUGCUGCCAUUUA